CUUUUUCCACAGCAGUGAUGGAUGAUCCCGCAAUCCUGCGUCCACCACUCAUCACUCCCCAGUCCCCCCACUCCUCUCUCUCCUCCCCCGCCACCGCCAGUCCGCCAGCGAUGGCCGCCUUGUGCGCCGCCGGGACCUCCACGGCCACGGCCUUCGCGUCGGGCCGUCUCUCGGCCACUUCCACCGCGCGGGCGCGGGGGGCCUCCGCCUCGACGUCGCUGCCGUCGUCGUCCUUCGUCGGCGCGUUCCCGCGCGCGGUCGCCGCGAGGAGGAGGCGGCGCCCGGCGCCGGCCCGGGCGGGCGUCAAGGUGCGCGCGGAGGCGGCCAAGAAGCAGAGCGUGCUGAUCGUGAACACCAACAGCGGCGGGCACGCCGUCAUCGGGUUCUACUUCGCCAAGGAGCUGCUCGCCGCGGGCCACGCCGUCACCGUGCUCACCGUCGGCGACGAGGGCUCCGACAAGAUGAAGAAGCCCCCGUUCUCUCGCUUCUCGGAGCUGACGAGCGCCGGCGGGAAGACGGUGUGGGGUGACCCGGCGGACGUCGGCGCGGCCGUGGGAGGCGCGUCGUUCGAUGUCGUCCUCGACAACAACGGCAAGGACCUCGACGCCGUCAAGCCGGUGGCGGACUGGGCGAAGUCGGCCGGCGUGGGGCAGUUCCUGUUCAUCAGCAGCGCCGGCAUCUACAAGCCGACGGAGGAGCCGCCGCACGUCGAGGGGGACGCCGUGAAGGAGAGCGCCGGCCACGUCGCCGUGGAGAAGUACAUCGCGGAGCAGUUCGGCAGCAGCUGGGCGUCGUUCCGGCCGCAGUACAUGAUCGGCUCCGGCAACAACAAGGACUGCGAGGAGUGGUUCUUCGACAGGAUCGUGCGGAACCGGCCGGUGCCGAUCCCGGGGAACGGGAUGCAGCUGACGAACAUCGCGCACGUCCGGGACCUGUCGCGGAUGCUGUCGCUGGCCGUGGAGAAGCCCGGCGCGGCGUCGGGCAAGAUCUUCAACUGCGUCUCGGACCGCGCCGUGACGCUGAGCGGCAUGGCGAAGCUGUGCGCGGCGGCCGCGGGCGCCGACGCCGUGGAGAUCGUCCUCUACGACCCCGCCGCCGCCGGCGUCGACGCCAAGAAGGCCUUCCCGUUCCGCAACAUGCAUUUCUACGCGGAGCCCCGGGCGGCGAAGGCGGCGCUGGGGUGGACGAGCAGCACCAACCUGCCGGAGGACCUCAAGGAGCGGUACGCCGAGUACGCCGCCAGUGGCCGUGGGGAGAAGCCCAUGAACUUCGACCUCGACGACAAGAUCCUCGCCGCCGUCGGCAAGGCGGCGCCGGCGAGCGUCGCCGUAUAAGCCCACCAUCAUCGUCCUCGUAUAUAAAGAGUCCAUUGUUUUUUUUGUGUGUGGAUGCACUAACAGCUCUUCUUGCCAUGCACGCACGUAGCAAACGGACGCUACAAAAUACGACAAACAUUUUUUUUUUAUUUUGCCUUGAUUUCUAGUUCUUUACAAGGAUGAAGAGAGAGAGAAAAAAAAUUGUUUGUUCCCUGACCAUGCCUAUUGUGAAACGUGGUU